AUGAACGGCAAGGUCGGCGUCGUCGUCUCCGCAAACGCUUCGACCGCCCGCUUCGGCGUGCGCGUGGCGGGCGAGGCCAAGGCACUCGCACUGAGGCGCGCACUGAAAUGGCCGGCCAACCUGCAGCCAGCGGCCGAGGCGGUGGCGGUGGGCAGGCUCAUCCUCAAGGCGGCGGAGUGGUCGCCGCAGUCGCACGAGCUCUUCCCGGAGGCGGCUCGCAAGCGGGCGGUCGAGGUGAUGCGGCUGGGCUACCUGAUCGCUUGGGACGAGGAGCGCUUCGACAGCCGCGAGGGAGCGGCUCCGGAGCUGGCGGACAUCUGGCGCGGCUUUGUGCUGCCAAGAGUGGUGGUGCGAUGACAUGAUGACUGCUUUGGUCCUGUUUACUUCGUGGCAGCCAACCCCCCAGGAUCUCGCUCCUCUUCUCUCUCGCUCUCGCUUGGUGGUGUUGGACUGCAUUUGUUUUUUUGUUUUGCGGCUUCUUGUUUGUAAG